AUGGAAUUGGAAAACACAAUUUGCAAGCCAAAUUAUCUCUUAAGGGUGGUUUUGAAACAAAAUAGGCCAUUGAGUGACUCUCCAAAGAGAGGCCUCUACACAUAUGGCGAAACUAUUCAAGGUAAGCUAAUCCUUACAACAUUUGGUAUGGUUUCUGUUAGGUGUCUUCAGGUUGAGUUGCAAGAGGCAUCGCAGCACUCAGGUUCAGCAUCUCAAGCGGAAUCACAGCUCAAAUCAGAAGAAGACUCCAUUACACACCUAAAUCUGGACGCCGACAUACCAGCACAUGAGUCCUUUAAAGAAGUUCAAACAGUGUUCCCGCUUGAAAACGAUAUCGAGAGUACAGCACUUGAUGGUGACUAUGAAUUUGGAUUUGCCUUGAAGAUCCCAGAUCUCAUAAACUAUGACAAUAAUGAUAUAGAGACGCCUUCAGAUCAGCUCAGUUUCUAUUCUGAUUAUCAGGUUUCUCCAAUUUGUGAGGAUGAUGAGCAGCUUUUCCAUCUACCGUUGGAGUUACUGUUACCAUCAAAUAUCCAAGAUGAUGAUUGUGAAGAUGAGGAUAAUCUACAAGCGAAAUAUGAGCUUUGGGUGACAUUAAGAGAAGACGAGUCCGAAGAGUAUGGAGAAACAUCAAUACCAAUUACAAUCAGAGUACCGGGAUUGUCUAUGGAACACCAUCUUUAUGGACCGUGGCCUGUACAGACCUCCAAAGUUCAGAGUCUUAAAGUACCAUUUGUAGAGCAGACAGAUACAAAAGGUUGUAGCUGGAUCCAGCGUGCUCUGAAGAAAAGGUGUCUAGAUCUGAAAUUGGUCUUUCAUAUCGAACCGGCUACUACCACAUCGACAAAGAACUUCAAGCUUUUUCUACACACAACACAGGAUCUUGAUGAAGGAGCCAACGUACCAUCGAUCUAUAUGAGAUCAAGUGACCUGCAAUUGACCCAAAACAUUGAAUGCAUACCCAAGGCUACAACUGAAGAGACGAUAUCAAGAAAGACAUCUAGUUGGCACAGAUCUUCACAGACCAGAGAGCUGGCCUGGAGCACUGCAGAGCCUCUGGCUAACGACGGGGUGUUCAAAUCACGUUUUGAUCUAUCGUAUUUAUUGAGCAAUAUAGAAGUUGAAGAGCCGCAAUCUUCAUUUCACGUUCAGAGCACGUCACAGAUCUAUGAGUUAUCUAUAACAUUGAAGUUCAGUGCUUCACCAGACAGCUGGAUUGCAACGUCUAAGAAGUUACAUAUAUGCACCGAUGUUGUCCUUGGCUCCUGA